UUGCACAUCCUUCCUAUAUAACUUCGACACACACGGGAUGCAGAGGCCGUCAACCUGCAGCAUCCUCCCGCCGAGCCGUCGCCUGCCUCCUGCUCUCUCUCGGUCUUAAUUUGGCCUGCCCUCCCCGCGCGCACACCGAUAAAUAAACUCUCGACGAGGGCGGUCGAGAAGAGACCGAAAGGAGCAAGAAACAUGGCGCGGCUCUCCGCCACCACCACCGCCCUCCUCCUCGCCACCGUCGUCUUCUUCAUCGCCGCCGGCGCCGCCGAGGCCGGCCCGACCCACAACGGCGACGCCGUCACCAAGGACUUCAUCCUCGCCCGGGGCAUAAAGCUGCACAUCUCGAAGCAGGGCACGGCGACCGACCACAUCUUCGCCGGGGGCAGCAAGCUCUUCAUCGCGAGGCACGACGCGGCGCCGGCCGACCACGCCUUGGCCGGGGGCAGCAAGCUCUUCAUCGCGAGGCACGACGCGGCGCCGGCCGACCACGCCUCCGCCCGGGGCAGCAAGCUCGACGUCACGCAGAGCAAGAUCAGCAUCCCGAAGAAGAGGCUCGCCGUCUCGCAGAGCAAGGCGUCCGUCGUCCAGAAGAAGGGCUUCAUCUUCUUGGAAGGGCGCAAGCUGGCCGCCGGCGGGGGCGCGUUGCCGUCGGCGGACACGGCCGGCGCGGCCCCGGGGGCGGUGCAGGCGUGCGACCAGCUGGAGGCGUACCAGCGGGUGUGCCACACGCUGCUGCACCUGCCCGGGGUGACGACGGCGCGGACGCUGAUGGAGACGGCGGUGCGGGUGGCGCUGGGGCGGGCGCGGGCGGCCAAGGUGACGUUCGACGCGGCCAAGGCGGCGUCCGGGGCCGGGAACCCGAUGGCGUCCAUCCUGGGGUCGUGCGAGCAGAACUACGACGACCUGGUGGACGCGCUGGAGGAGGUGAGCCGGGCGAUGCACAAGCCCGGCACCAGCAGCGAGAGCCUGGUGGAGAAGAUGACGGCGGCCAGCACCUACGCCGGCGACUGCGACAACUGGUACGAGGAGCGCGACGUCAAGUCGCCCUACGAGGUCAUGCAGCGCCACCUCGCCCAGAUGGUCUCCGUCGCCCUCGGCCUCGCCAACAAGAAGCUCUGAGCAAGCGGAUCCAUGCAUGGAAACACACGAUCGACGUAUGCAUGCUAGCUAUGCUAUGCUGCACGCGCUGGUUAAUGGACUCUUGAUUUGUGAAGGGCGUGGUGUGGUGUGGUGUGCUGUAUGCCGUAUGCAUGCACUUGAUGCUAUAUACGUACUAUGUGAUCAAGGUUUGAGGAGGUUUGUAGUGCUAGUGUAUGUACAAGUAUGCUAGCACGGCAAGCAGGUUGAUCUCGUUAAUCUAAAAUAUUUCAUUUCAAAUCAAAUGUUACUCUAUUUGGCUUUCA